AUGGAACCCGCACGAUCGCAGCUAGCUCGUCCCCUGCCCCCCUUGGAACGCAAUGGAGGUACUUUACACCCUUCCGUACACACUGACCGUGUGGCGUUGGGAUACAUGGGUCACUGGGUCUCGUUUGUGCAAGACGUGAUGGCCAUGUUUCACGCGGCGGCAAUCACACAUCAAGUCCCCGUACACAACGAAUCUGAGAAUUAUGUUGUGGGCAGUGAACUUGGUCUCUCUGGCAGAUUCGUACGAAACCUUUGCGACCCUGUGAUUGAAGCCUUGAUACCGCUACCUGAAAUGUCCUCCACGCGAUUCGCCGAUAUCCAAGCUCUCACCGUGCAUGGCACAGUUAUUCCCGAUGUCGCUUUUGGCCUCGUGGCGCAACCAGAACCCCUUGAUUCCCUUGCCCGCAUUUCUAUGGUCGGCGAGUUCAAGACACCGUGGACAGUGGGAUUACAUCAGAUGGACAUCACUCGCCCAAACCCGGAUCUUCGUUUGGAAAAUCUAAUAGGACAAGUCGCAAGCCAAAUGCGGAUGGCCGAAGUCAAGUACGCCUUCCUGACUACCUACAACGUCACCGUAUUUGUCCAGAGAGUCAAUGACUUCUCGUACCUCCUCUCCCGGCCAAUGGCGUUUGAUUGUCAAGGCCCCUCGCUGCGAGAAAUGUUCGUUGGGUUUUGUCUUCUGUCGAGAAUAGAUCCAAACUAUCACGAAAGUGGCCCUGAUGUGGCGACAAGAUUGAGAGGGAUUCCUGGACCUCGGACUUCAGAAAGGCUUUGGGUCCUUCGUCCGCAAGACCUACCGCCCCCAAGCACGCCGCCGACUAUCACAUCAACCAGCGUGAUUGUUGAAUGUGGCACCACAACACCCGUGAUUGUCAACUGCAUGGAGCAAAUGUCACUCCGCGAUACUCAGGGAAAGUCGGUUUGGUUGGCGGAAAUUAACGGAGUACGGUGUGUACUGAAAUGCUGGGUGCCAGAUAUGGACGAACUUUUCGAAACUGAAGCCGCAGUAUAUCAGCGCCUGGAAUCGUCUGACUCGUCUGCCUCGUACCUUUUCGCCAAGUGCAUCGCAAGAGGGAAAGUAAUGUGCUCAAGUCUGUUUCCGACUGGCUGGGUGGUCAUCUUGGAACACCGCGCGGGAGAGCGACUCUCGGAUAUAUGGUCAGUUCUCAGUGCGGCCGAGCGAGCACAUAUUGAGGAGGAAUGUUUAAAGGCCAUUCGCGCGCUUCGCGCAAUCUCGAUUCGUCUUGACGAUCCUGGUCAGCACAAUGUUCUUUAUUCAAGAGAGACCCGGGCUGUGACUCUUGUCGAUUUCGAAGUUGCCGUGCCAGUUGCCACAAACACUUUGAUCCCGACAUCGUACGAGAUGAGACGAAUCUUUAGUUCAAGUUUGAUCACGGGUGGAGAAGGCGGGUAG